AUCAGCUCACCCAAGCAAGCAGACGGCAGUGACCAUUCAUGGCUCUCUUCACCACUUCCUCAACGAUGUGGAAGCCGACACAUUUCACCGUUUUUUCGCCACCGAAACGGGAAAUAAAGAGUUUCAGAGCGUUUCGGGCGAAGGCUUUCUUCAAUCCUAUCGACGAACCCAUCGUCAAAGAAGCUCUCAAGGAACCCGUUGCCUUUAUGAGUGGGAUGUUUGCAGGGCUUCUGAGGCUCGAUUUGAAUGAAGAUCCUCUCAAGGAAUGGCUUACUAGGACUGUCGAAGCUUCUGGAAUUACCAAGGAAGAAAUUGAUGUGGAAAGUUCCAAAGUGGAAGAAGAUGCGCCGCAAGAGAUACAGAUUGAAUGAAUCCGAUUAGCAGUGUCUACUCUGGCUUUCUUUCUAUCAUCAAUCUGUAUAUUGGGUUUCACCCAUGAGGGUAAUAUUUCAAAGGAAUAAAAGCUCUGGCUUCUGAUCAAAUUUCAAAUGCCUACUUUAAUGGCUCUUUGUGCAUUAGAGCUUUAAAUAUAGUACAAUUUCAUUUCAAACAGUUCUACGGAAUGCAGAGUCUUCUUUUAACAUGUUGCUUCAUAGCUCAGACUGUAGCGUGAAAACAUAACACAGUGAUAUCAGGUUUAUGAGGAUUGCAUUUUAGAGAAAACUGCAGUCAUGGAUACUAGUCGCUCGAAGGACAUCUGUAUAUCUUGGCUGAUCUGUUAGUGUAGCUAGUCUCACAGGUGUGUCCAUACUAACGCUACUGUAUAUACUUGUUGAUCAUAUACAGCUGAUCAUUAGAUUGGGUGGAUACACUCGAAUACUGUUGUUUUGAUGCUAUGAAUGUGUAUGAUUUAUUGACUGAAA